AUGACCCAAGUGCACAAAAUAAGGAGUGAGGCCAAGCAGACAAAUUGGAAUUUGGGAUUUCUUCUUGGUCAUUUGCAAUCCCUGGGUCUUGAUUUUCCGAAGAACAUUAGUGUUAUUGCGGUUUGCCCCAAGGGGAUGGGACCUUCUGUUAGGAGACUGUAUGUUCAGGGUAAAGAGAUAAAUGGAGCUGGAAUAAAUGCCAGUUUUGCUGUACAUCAGGAUGUUGAUGGUAGGGCUGCAGAUGUUGCCUUGGGGUGGUCUGUUGCCCUUGGAUCUCCGUUUACCUUUGCCACCACAUUGGAACAGGAGUACAAGAGUGACAUAUUUGGGGAGCGGGGCAUAUUACUAGGUGCUGUUCACGGAGUUGUGGAGUGCUUGUUUAGAAGGUACACCGAGCAUGGAAUGAGUGAGGAUUUGGCAUACAAGAAUACGGUUGAGUGCAUAACAGGAAUUGUAUCAAAAACGAUCUCAACAAAGGGUAUGCUGGCUGUGUAUAACUCAUUGUCGGAGGAUGGAAAAAGGGAAUUUGAGGCUGCAUACAGUGCCUCAUAUUAUCCUUGUAUGGACAUUUUGUAUGAGUGUUACGAAGAUGUAGCCAGUGGGAGUGAAAUUCGCAGUGUUGUUUUGGCUGGACGUCGUUUUUAUGAAAAGGAGGGUCUACCAGCUUUCCCAAUGGGUAAUAUUGAUCAAACUCGGAUGUGGAAAGUUGGUGAACGUGUUCGAGCAACACGACCACAUGGUGACUUGGGUCCAUUGUAUCCUUUCACUGCUGGGGUUUUUGUGGCACUUAUGAUGGCUCAGAUUGAGGUAUUGAGGAAGAAGGGGCACUCAUACUCAGAAAUAAUUAAUGAGAGUUUGAUAGAAGCAGUGGACUCUUUGAAUCCUUUUAUGCAUGCUCGAGGAGUCUCAUUCAUGGUUGAUAACUGUUCCACAACUGCAAGGUUGGGAUCCAGGAAAUGGGCCCCAAGAUUUGAUUACGUCCUUACCCAACAAGCUUUGGUAGCAGUUGAUGCAGGGACUCCUGUCAACCAGGACCUCCUUAGCAACUUCCUGUCUGAUCCUGUUCAUGGAGCCAUUGAAGUUUGUGCUCAGUUGAGACCAACUGUUGACAUCUCAGUGCCCCCAGAUGCAGAUUUUGUUCGCCCUGAGUUGCGCCAGUCUAGCAGUUAG